AAGUGAAAAAUGACUGGUCGCGGUAAAGGUGGAAAAGGCUUGGGAAAAGGUGGCGCUAAACGUCAUCGCAAAGUGUUACGUGAUAAUAUCCAGGGCAUUACCAAGCCAGCUAUUAGACGUUUGGCUCGUCGUGGUGGUGUAAAACGUAUUUCUGGAUUGAUUUACGAAGAAACUCGUGGUGUUCUGAAAGUGUUUUUGGAAAACGUUAUUCGUGAUGCUGUCACCUACACCGAACACGCUAAGCGUAAAACCGUCACUGCUAUGGAUCGUCACUUUAUCUAUGCAUGUGGUAGUAUUUUGUUAGUCCAUGAUACUAAACAACGAACCAACGAACGAUCCAACAACGAUGUGAGUACGAUGUUCAUAGUGAGUGAAACAUUACAAAAAUAA